CUACAUCUCUUUAAAUGAAUGAUAGAAAAUUGAUAAAAUCCAUUUUAAGAUGAUAAAAGAUAUUAAAAUAAUAUAAUAAUAAUGAAACGUAGUCAAUAAAAAAACUCUGUUUUCGUUUCAAAUUGGCCAGAACCACAAUGAAAAUAGCUAAAUUGCUUAUUUCAAAUAAAUUAAUAAAUAUAUUACUAAAGUUGCUACAUUUUUUUUUUCACAUAAGACACUUUAUAUCUAUAUGAAUUUAUGUCAAGUUCUAUUUUUCUAACAAUUAUAUAUCUCUUUCGAUCAUUUUUGUAGGCUUGAGAACAAAUUAGUUCAAAAAAUUGUUAAAGAUAUUUCAAAGAAAUUGCCAAAAUAUCUUUCAUUAAAUAUGCAUAUCAAUGGACAUCUCAUUGGAAUUGAAAAAACGAUCAAGGAAAUUGAAUCAAAAUUAUGCAUUGGCAUAAAAGAUGUUCGCAUUAUAGGUAUUUGGGGCAUGGGAGGUAUUGGCAAGACAACCCUUGCUAGUGCUGUUUUUCAAAGAUUGUCGUAUUUUCAAUUUGAAAGUUACUGCUUUCUUUGGAAUGUUAGGGAAGAAUAUUUAAGGCGUGGACCAAAUUAUUUGAGAAAAAAACUUUUGUCUGAGUUAUUAAGUGAUGAAUCUAUUUUGAGGAUGGAUACCCCAUUUGUAGCAUCACCUUUUAUUCAUGACAAACUCAGCCGCAAAAAGGUGCUCAUUGUUCUAGAUGAUGUGGAUAGUUCAAUCCACUUAGAAGCCUUAGUAGAAGGAUAUGAUCACUUUGCACCUGGGAGUAGAAUCAUUGUCACAACUAGAAACAUGCAAGUACUGAUUAAAAAAGAAGCUGAUGAUAUUUACAAGCUUGCAGGGUUAAAUGAGACUGAAUCUUUAGAGCUGUUCAAUUUGCAUGCUUUUGGAAAAAGUUCCCCUUCAAAAGAUUAUGAACUGCUGCUAAACCGUGCGACAAGCUAUGCUGAUGGAAAUCCAUUAGCUCUUAAAGUCUUAGGUUCUUUCCUUCACUCCAAAAGCACAGAUGAAAGGGAAAGUGCAUUAAAGAAACUGAAACCACUCCCAACAAGGACAUUUUAGAUGUUCUGAGAAUCAGUUAUGAGGGACUAGAUGAUAAAGAAGUCAAAAAUCUAUUUCUUGACAUUGCAUGUCUAAUUAAUCAGUCUUUUACUAGAGAUGAUGCAGAAAACAUGUUAGAUGCGGGUCAUUCCUUUGUGAAAAUA